UCUGUGUUUGGAUGUGAAGGUUCUUCAGUAUGAUGGCGCUUACAGUUCAGCGCUUGCUCUGGAAACGCGUCUUUACAGCUUCGGGGUUUGUUAGGGCCUGCGUGCCGCUGUUUAGCUCCGUGCACAGCAGGACCGUCUCCACCUGUAUUGACCCUUCCAUAGGGCUCUCGGACGAUCAGAAAGAAUUCCAGAAAAUUGCCUUUAGUUUUGCUUUGAAUGAAAUGAGUCCACACAUGGCAGAGUGGGAUCAGAAGGAAAUCUUUCCAGUGGAGACAAUGAGGAAAGCUGCGCAACUUGGAUUUGGUGGGAUUUAUGUUCGUCAAGAUGUUGGGGGAUCAGGACUAUCACGAGUGGACACCUCGAUCAUAUUUGAAGCAUUAUCAACAGGCUGUGCAAGUACCACUGCUUACAUCAGCAUUCAUAACAUGUGUGCCUGGAUGAUUGACGCGUUUGGGAGUGAGGAGCAACGCCAUAUGCACUGUCCUAAACUAUGUAGCAUGGAGAAGUUUGCUUCCUACUGUCUCACAGAGCCAGGAAGUGGCAGCGAUGCAGCUUCACUAAUAACUACAGCAAGGCGAGAGGGAGAUUCCUACAUUCUCAAUGGCUCAAAGGCUUUCAUCAGUGGUGGAGGAGACACUGAUCUGUACGUGUUGAUGUGCAGAACUGGAGACAAGGGUCCCAAAGGCAUUUCUUGUUUAUUAGUGGAGAAAGGUACACCUGGACUCGGCUUUGGCAAAAAAGAGAGAAAGGUUGGAUGGAACUCUCAGCCAACUCGAGCUGUGAUAUUUGAGGACUGUGCUGUUCCUGUUAGUAACUUGAUUGGAAAAGAAGGUGAUGGAUUUUCCAUAGCCAUGCAUGGACUGAAUGGCGGAAGAAUCAACAUAGCUUCGUGCUCAUUAGGUGCUGCAUAUGCCUCCAUUCUCUUGACUCAAGAUUAUCUCAAAGUGCGCAAACAGUUUGGGAAACCUCUUGCCAGCAGUCAGUACCUGCAGUUUAAACUGGCUGAAAUGGCAACUGGACUGGUAGCAGCUCGUUUGAUAGUGCGUAAUGCUGCUGCAGCUCUCCAGGAGGAUCGACAGGAUGCAGUAGCCCUGUGUGCGAUGGCCAAACUCUUUGCAACUGAUGAAUGUUUUAAAAUCUGUAAUCAAGCGCUGCAGAUGCACGGUGGUUAUGGUUAUCUAAAGGAUUAUGCUGUACAGCAGUUUGUUCGAGAUAUCAGGGUGCAUCAGAUCCUAGAGGGUACCAAUGAAGUUAUGCGAAUGCUUAUCUCAAGAAACCUGUUUGAUGAAUAAUUUUUCUGCAUGCUAGGCCAGUUCUGCAGAAGAGAAACAACUCGUCUGAUUGAAUGAUUUUUCAAGGACAUUUCAAUCAAUUAACAGUUACACAUCUUCUUGAUUAAAUGAAAAAUAUUAAUAGCUAUGAACUAGCCUUUUCCAGAAAGAGAAAAUGUCUGUACCCUUCAAUGUAAGCUAUCUGAUCAGUAAAAUAUAACAUUUUUGUUGUUUACUACUUUUGUGGCCCUGUACUGUACAAAUUCUAUAUGAUUAGAAACCCAUCUGCAGCAACAUGGCAUAAGCACUCCAACCAUAAACAAAUUCUCAUUGUUUCACUGUUAUCAUUGUCACAGCAGCACAGCUGUCCACUGUGACAUGAAAGGCGCAACUAGCUACUGAACCUUGGCAACUGGUGAAAUGCUGUAAUUUUGGAAAUGACUUAGUGUGAAAAACUGUCAACUGCAACCAUAAAUGUUACUAAACUAUUGUAUAACUUGCCAGCUACAUAACCGGUUGGUUUUGGAAUUGUUUAAUCUCCCUACAGAAUGACUCUGUGUGGCAUAAACAUUGCUUUUCAGUCCUGGCUGUUUUGACUAGUACUGCAUGUGAUGCAAUGAAAAUGGGUCAGGAAGCUCCAUUCUCAUCAGAUGUGAAAAUUACCCAUCUCUGUUUUUCAAACAGAUGCCAAAUAAAAUGACCUAGUUAAACUCUGUUUAGAUUAGAUUCCCUACAGUGUGGAAACAGGCCCUUUGGCCCAACCAGUCCACACCCACCCUCCAAAGAGUAACCCAUCCAGACCCAUUUCCCCUUUGACUA